UUUUAGGUGCGAAACGUUUCAAUAAACAGAACGAAACGGGAGGAACCUACUCCAAUUUUUUUGUUGCAAUUAUACGUAUUUUUAUUUGCAAAACGCGUACAAUACAGCAGCUCAGACAAAGAGAGUGAAGUAUGGUUAAAAACUACAUUGAAGUGGCUCCGAUUUAUCAAUCGCUCUAUCUGCUAUGGAAGCCCGGAAGUGAAGAAGUCAUAAUGGAAACUGAAGCCAAGGUGAAAGAGCCAGAAGCACUGUGCGAAAAUGUUGGCAAAGGGGAUGCUGAAUUAUCAGAAACUGUGUAUCAGACAGACAAUGCUGGUGAAAGCUCCUCAACUCAGGAACCUGCUGUCAGCAAUGGGGAUGACAGUGAUGAGGGAAAAGAGAUGGUGGAUCUAAAGAUUAUUUGGAACAAGAAUAAGUACGAUCUCAAAAUUCCUUUAGAUGGCACUGGAGCCAAACUGAAAGAGCGUAUUCAUUCACUCACUGGUCUUCCACCCGCUAUGCAGAAAGUUAUGUACAAGGGACUGCUACCGGAAGAUAAGACUCUACGUGAAAUUAAAGUUACAAAUGGUGCAAAAAUAAUGGUGGUUGGAUCUACAAUAAAUGAUGUAUUAGCUGUUAAUACUCCAAAAGAAGUUAUUCAGCAGGAAGUUAAAGCUGAAGAGAACAAAAAAGAGCCUUUGUGUAGGCAAAAGCAACACAGAAAGGUGUUGGACAAAGGCAAACCAGAUGAUAUAAUGCCAUCUCUUAAAGGAACAAAGGAACGCUUACCAACAGUGCCUUUAGCCGGAAUGUACAACAAAUCUGGCGGAAAAGUUCGUCUCACCUUCAAACUGGAACAAGAUCAACUGUGGAUUGGGACAAAGGAGAGGACAGAGAAAAUCCCAAUGGGCUCCAUCAAACAUGUGGUGACUGAACCCAUUGAAGGUCAUGAGGACUAUCACAUGAUGGCAUUUCAGUUGGGCCCAACAGAAGCCUCUCAGUAUUGGAUCUACUGGGUGCCAAUUCAGUUUGUUGAUGCGAUCAAAGACACAGUUCUUGGAAAGUGGCAGUAUUUUUAAUGUGCCUCUAUUAUUGACAAUGAAGAACUGGGAUCUAGAACAGGAACAAAUUAAAAUGGGGAUUUGGAGACAACAAGAAGGCCCAUGGAACUUAACAUUGAAGCAUAUUAGAGAGGCAAACUGAAGGAUGCCUUUGGACUAAUCAUUAUUUUGGGUUUCAAGUGCACUAAGAAGCAGCAUUAUAUUUCUCAGCCCAGUUCAAUAAUGUUUGAGCUAACCCAAGGAAAAACAAUGAAACUAAAUGUACAGAGAUUUCUUACGCAUUUCUGUUAUUAAAGAAAUAAAAUGUAUUUAAGGAAAAAGAAAGCUGCACUAGGACAUUUGUGGUAACCUAUUUAUUCUGUGGAUUAAUACAAGCAAACCUGCCAAAGUGGAAAUAGUUUCUAAUGGCAUCAAUGUAUUGGGUUCCCUGUAAUUAUAAAUGUUCUUGUAAAAAAAAAAAA